CACUUAUAAAUUUUAAAAAUACUACACAAUAUAGUAGCUUUGCACCAUGAGCGAUAAUUUUCGUUUGAUAUUAUCUCCUGACAGCCCAUUGUGCAUUGGUCAACUAAAACUAUACCCGAUUCAGGUUUCCUAUGAGUUGUGUAAAUAUACGCUUCACUCUUCAGAAUGGAGAAAAUAAAAAUGUUGAAGAGUUUUUUUUGAGUGUCCACAAAAUACUCUACUCUACUCUAGCAGAUGCUUCAGUCUCGUACGUUAUUUAGCAGCAGAUCCAAUUUUUUUCUUCGUUCUCCCACUCAGGAAUGUAGUACCGGUGAAGGUAGAACAUUACAUCGAAUCAACUUUCGUUUGGCUCUCGGUUCUCUUUUUUCAUCCUCUUUCGAUUUCACUUAAAAGCUUAGAAGAGCACAAUUUUUUCCCUUCGUUUGGACGAUUCUUUUUUGCAGCUAUAAUUCUUGUCAUAAGAAUAUGAGUACCAGCAAAAAAAAACAUACAAGAAAUGGAACGAAAGUAAUAGGAAUUUAUUAAAGAUUUCCACCAUGGCAUGCUCACUUACGGCACAAAUGAAACGGCGAGGUGUGGCAACAUUUUAUGCAACAAAAAAAAGGAUGUCGAAACGUUUAGCUUUCAUCUGCCAAGCGAGAAAAUUAGAACAGCGACGAACAGGAGCGCUAUCAUGCUGCUUAGCGGAUCUUCUUGUCUUGCAUUGCUGCUUGCGUUAUGCGAUGCUCCGUUCUUUAGUAGUGGCGCUGUAGUGCGUCAGUGUAGUGCAGCAGUAGUUUACGGUACGGAUCAUAUUACGCUUUCUUCCGGUACUCCCCUCCCGGGUACACUAUACGCGCUUGACGUGCAAUAUGAUGCCGGUGGAUGUCUUAAUUCAUUUCCGGUUAUAUUUUGUCGAGACUUGUUUCUGUUUCUUCUGGUGCUUCGCCGACUGCCUGGGACCGGAUGAAAUGAACCGAUGGAUUAAUAGAUCUACUGGAAUUUAAUAACUUUUUUUCUCCUCUCUUUAGUGGCAAUACUUCAUACACCGAUUCAUGGUAGCCAUGGCGGACACUGAAAUGUUCGAAAAGUUCUAAAGAAAGCAGGAUUGCACACAGCAGCACACUAUGCAGAAAAUUGUAUACGAGCGUAGUUUUACACCAGGGAGUUCUUGCUAAUAAAAAAGAACAAGUGAAAAGCUUAAUAAAAAAGCUUAUGAAGUGAAAAACUCCAAGUAAUUUUAAUCUCGAUGAGAAUUCUUUGUCUAAAGUGUAGAAAUGAGAUUUUUUCCACCGAUUAAAAGCUCACCAAGUCUGCAUGCACAGUUCAUAUUUUGAAUAGUUUUAUUAAUUGUUAGUUAAUUAAAUUAAUUACUCCACAGUAGAUAAGAAGUAUCUACUGAUAUUGCAACAAUCUGAUCUGAUAUUGAUUAGUGUGCCAGCUAAAUAUCAUACGAAGCUUUGCGUGAGUUGACUUACAAGCUAUUGAUUUCAUCGAAUCAUAAUUUUCCUUCUGCAAAACUGAGCUGCCAUCGUACAAUGGCGUACCGAGUGUCAUCGCAGAACGACGUUCACCAUCAAGAGCGGAAGUUCUAUUGGCUUCCGACAGUUUUGUUCAAUAAGUAUCUUUCUCGAGUUGCCAGUAUCCUGAACAUUUAGCCGUUAAAUCAAGCUCAACGCCAGCAUAACCGGUCCGGUUGAACGAUCGUUUGCUCGCAUCAAAUAACGCGCUUCCGGAAUGGGUUACGAAGUAUAAAAAGGGACGAAUACACACAAACCACCAAAGUGGAGCGACUAGCACGAAUAUAAUCCGACCAUCGAUUAAUUAAUGUAUUUCAUCGAUUACUGGUCGUGAUAGGGAAUAUGAGUACCGGACAUUGGGUCUGCGAGUGGGUUAGUUUGUGAUCUUUGGUCAUCUUCAAACAAGAUGGAACCGUAUCCAUAGUUUUUGGGGGGCAAAUUGGUCUCUCGAUGGUCCAACCAUUGGUCUGUGGGAUACCGUUUCGAACGGUUGUACGAGUACCUGAUCCGGGUUUACUGUUGAGUCCAUACUUUCCACUCAAGUUUAAAAAGGGCGGGGAGGCAGCAUUCUGUAAGGCAGCAACAUCCGAGUAGUAAACCUUGCUGGCACAACAGUUCCGGCAGCAACAGCAGCAUUAGUGUAGUCUCCGGUGAUUUAUCACCUUCCCUCGGAGUGAGGUUUGUCCGGGGUGUUCGGAGUUCGGUACGACCGCAAGGCUGACCUCCUAUUUAGGCACCCCGAGCGGUGGUUUGCAUAAUGAAGCGGCACACGGGCCUCGUUUUUCGGUGGACAAAACGAAGCGAUCCAAAAGCGGGUUCUUCGAUCGGAACGGAACACUUACCUGCAAGGGCGUACCGGCUGUUGAAUAGACCCACUUGAAUAUAGGUUAAUUGCUGGUACACACAGGUUUACUUUCGUUUCCUCACAUCUUGAUCGGUGCCUGGUUGGUUGGUGCCCAUUUUGCCUGUCAGUAAUCGGAUGCAUCGGAAAACGACUGGACGUAUAGCCUUGACUCGCUUUUCUUAAUCAGUGCCUCUGAUGAUGGUAAGGGAAUCAAUAUUUAUGUAGCACAACCGUGCAACCGGACCCCGGACCUGGCACUUGGUCAUGUCUUCCGCACACCCGAGGUUGAUGUGUGUGUGUGUGUUUACGACGAGGAGAAUGUAGAACACCGAAAGUGUAACAUAUUUCAGACCACAGCCCUCCAAAAAGCAAUCCGACCACUACUAAUAGGGAAGGGUGCGAUAUGAAGGGUGUCUGUGCUGUCAUCAGCACAAAUCCAUCGCUGACGUUCGCGCUAUAGGCAACAAGAAGCGGGUCAGCAGCAGAAGUACAAACCACGGACACUUGCGUCCUUGAAGAGCUCAGUAAAGAAGCGAUAUUGGUGUGUGGCGUUGAAGUAGGGAAGGGACACAAAACAAGAGCGCCAAAAUAAUAUCUGAUCGCCAUCGAUAAUGAUGAUAAAUUAAACCCGCAGUUAAUCGACUGUACAACUUGCAUCUUGCAGCGUUUCUUUGGCUAAUGUGCACCGGUAGCAGUAUCGUUCUUUACUGCCGAUGGCCACGUGGAUGGUAUUAAUUACAAUUUUGGAAGGAAAGUGGGACACUUGCAGUCGGUGGGGUUUUAGGAUGCUGUUCACAUAUUCGCGCAGUUGAUUGAUGAUUUUGUUCGGGGAUUAUCUUCGCAGCGGGGUUUAUUUGGUGCGACAACACAAAACCUUAGUGUAUUAAAGAUUAAACGCUUGUGGAUAGUUUUGUAUAGAUAAAAAAACGACACAAAAAUGGAGUAUUCUUGGGGAAUUAUUUUGGUGUAAAAUAUGCAAUAGUUUGCCUGAGGAAAAUAUUUAAAGUUAUUAGUUUUAGUUUAAGUAUAGUUAAAGCUAAAAAAACUUUACAUAAAAAGUGGACUACAAACCUAAUUAUAUUAAAUUAUAUUCAAUAAUAUUAAUUAAUGUAAAUAAUAGCGUGAAAUAAUGAUGUGUUUUCUUUUUGUAAAAUCAAUUUCCUGUUAAAAGCAAAAGUGAAACCAAGAUUGAACGUUUCGUUUUGUAUAGAAACAUUUCGCUUUCGCGGGGUUAGCUUUUGUUUGUUUGUUUGUUAUUUUGUCUUUGCUUCACAAAAAGUUGUAAAUCAAUAGUUCCCGGCCGAGAGGGCAAAAAUUUUCGGUGUAAAGUGCAAUUAGGUAAUUAUUUCUUCGCUGCUAUCUCCCACUAAAUGAGCAUCCUAAAUGGAUAGAAACGGCCCCGGUGUGAGACGAACCGGUGUGUUGCUGAGUGUUUCGCGUCUGUCCCGACGUCCGGUGGCCGUGUGGAAGAAAAUGAAAAGUGCUCUCACCCCGUGCCAGGACAGGGGCGAUAAAUGGAGCCACGAAGUGAACCCCGAACCCGCCGGCCACCCGUCGGUUCGCCUGUGAAGGUGAAGAAAAAGUCCGCCAAGCAUACGGUCAAGUUUAAGGACCAGUGUGAUGUGCGGGAAGACGUGCUGGUGGUAACGGUCGAACCACCGUCACCGUCACCCGGUUCACCCGAACCGACCCCGCCGAAGACGGCCGUAACGUUUGCGCUUCCGCCGCUAACGCCCGCGCGGCCGAAAAACGCCACCACCGGUGAACAGUCUGUUGCCGAUACACGAGCGCUUCCGAGGAAGGUGGAUGCGAAGGUGAGCCAGAAGGUGAAACCGGGCGAGCAACGGUUAUCCGAAGGAUGUACAUCGCUAAUGUACGCCUGCCAGCAGGGUCUUACCGGUGAUAUAUUGAAGGAGCUGCGACAAAAGCCCAGUGCCGUACAUCGACGGGAUCGGAGCAACAAAAGUGCCUUACAUUAUUGUAGCAGUGCGCAGGAUAUUGCUGCGGCUGCCAGCGUCGCCAUGGUAGCACCGGAGCUGAUCGAGUCAGCGGACGAGGAUGGAUUUACGCCGCUACAUCUGGCGGUGAUACAGGGAAAUCUGCAACUGGUCAACCUACUGCUGGCGAACGGGGCCGAUGUAAAUGCGCUCGACAACGAGGGCCACUCGGUCGUCCAUUGGGCCACCGUGUGCGGUGAGGUGGAAGCACUACGUGCAGUAUUAGCAGCCGGUGCGGAUGUGUCCACGCCGGACAUAAACGGUGGCAGCCCGCUCCAUUAUGCGGCCCAAAUGUGUGGUGCAAACUACGAGGGAAAGACGGCCCGGGCAUCGGCGAAGCUGGCGCUCGAGAUACUCAAUACGCUCCUGAACCAUCCUGAUACUUCGGUCGAAGUAGAGGAUAAGGAUGGGCGACAACCGUUGCUGUGGGCCGCAUCCGCCGGUUCGGCCAAGGCUGUGCUGGCUUUGAUAAAAGCUGGUGCUCACGUCGAAAGUGCCGAUAAAGACGGAUUAACCGCUUUACACUGUGCAGCAUCGCGCGGACAUACGGAGUGUAUCGAUACGCUGAUUAACCUUUGCGGUGCGCACACCGAUCAGAUCGAUUCGAAUGGUUGCACCGCGCUGCAUUAUGCGGUGACACUCGGCCAUGCCGAUGCUACCUCGCUGCUGCUCAAGCUGGAUGCCGAUCCGAACCGACAGGACCGGAAAGGACGUACACCGGCCCACUGCGGUUGUGCGAAGGGACAGAUGGAAACGGUGAAGAUACUACACACGAAAAAGGGUAAUCUGUGGCUGAGGAAUGCCAAGGGUGAUCUUCCGGUACACGAUGCGGCAUCGUCGGGACGGCGCCAGCUCGUACAGUGGUUGAUUCAGAUGAAACCGAAGCACAUCAACACGACCAGCAACGAUGGACGUACGCUGCUACAUAUUGCCGCCGGGCACGAUAAUGUGGACAUGUGUAAACUGCUGCUAGAGCUGGGUGCAGACAUCAAUUUGUUGUAUCGACCAUCGUCCAAGGGUGCACCACUGACACCGCUAGAUUAUGCGCUUGUUAAGGGUUACCGGUCAACGGCCAAGUACCUACAAAUGCAGGGUGGUUUGCCAGCUAACAAACUGCGACUAUCCGGCCGGCAGCAAAAGAUCCUUCCGGACAUUGAUCGUGUGGAGCCACUCAAGCUGACGGAGAAAGAGGAGUUGAUUGAUCUGAAAACAUCGAAACGUUAUAUCGUUUACCUUAACUCCAACUCUGAGAGUGAAUCGCAAGAAGAUCGGACACACCGGAAGAGUCGCCACAAGCGAAAAGGAAGUCAUCGUGGCCGUCGUACUAGUAGCUGCAGCGAUACGGUGUAUCUGUACCGGGAUGGGUCGAACGAUAUCAGUCGAUCGCGGAGCAAUGCCGAGCUGCAUCGUAGCGAUCAACGAUCGACAAAGCAUCGCCGAACUAGCAGCUCAUCGUCCGCUAGCACUACCGGUUCGUCGUCGGACAGUUGCUGCAAGCAUGUACGAAGAAAGCACAAAUGCUACAAAAAGUGCAAUUCCAAACGUUCACACUCGAGAGAUCGUCACAAGGAUCGGGAACGGGAAGAGCCGCACGAUCCGAAGCAGCAGGACGCAAUGAAGGAGUACGAGUUUAAGUAUGCCGAAAAGAAGGAUGCUGGACCACGCAAGCCAGGUGAACGGUGUGGGAAAAUAAUCCUAAAACAGGUACACAGUGGUUCUUCCGAGAAUGACUCGCCGUCGAACGUUGGUGGCCGUACGGGAGCAUUAAAGUUCUCCUCCGAACGGACCGCACGGGAAACACAUUUAGGACUACCGGCCGGAUUGCAGUACGGUGGCGCAGGUACAUUUGAUCCUUCCGGUGGGUUGGGUGAUUUUUUAGACGAACCAACAUCCCCACGGACACCACCCCGUGCGGAGUUCAACAUACGCAAAGAAUCGGACACGAAGAGCGAAGGCAAAUCAUCGGAUUCCAGCACGACGAAGAAAAAAAAGCUCAAGGGAACGGGCAAAAAAACCAAACUAGCAAAGUCAACCAAAAAGUCCGACUCACCAAGCGAGGAAGAACAGGCAAAACCCCCGAGCUCAACGGAGGUUGUGACGGAAGCGCAGGUACAUCAACCGCCGGAAUCGAUGUCGAAAUCGACGGAAGAUGAUGGUGCAGCAACGGAUGCAACCUACACGAUUGAGCAGCGAACGCGGUCGGAUGUGGAGGGGCUCAGCGAGACGGAAGAUCGCGCUGGGAAACCGCGCGUGACGAGCAAACCAGUGACGGAAACUAUUGAGGAGGUUCGUGACGAGCAUGCGGUCGAGCUGGUGCAGCAGCAGACGGCCGCAACCCGUGUGGAGGUACGGAAGGAUCGCUCGAAGCUAAAAUCCGCCAAGAGUGAUAGCAAAAGUCGCUCCAAGUCCGAAUCAUCCGAUAAGGAAUCGGCAAAAGUGCAACAGAAACCCGCUGUAGAGGAACCGGUAGUACCGCCGGCACCACCACCAUCGUCGCCUUUAGUAAAGGAGAAAACACCGGAACCGGUACCAGAGCCACCCGUACCGCCCAAGCCUGAAGGAAUCCCCGUGCCGGAACCGCAACCGGAGCCACAGCCAGUAUCACUGCCACAGCUAGAAACACUGCCAGAAGUUACGGAGGACAGAAGGGAGUCGGCGGUAGAAUCGCAGCCACUGCAGGGUUUGGAAGUAGACCGUGGUGGAGGCAUGGGUGACGAUGAGUCUUUAAUAGCAGAGGAAUCGUUACCGCCCCUAAUAGAACCGGAAGAACCGGUACAGAUGGAAACGAAACCGGUCCCGGUACCGGUUGAAGAGGAGAAACCUACGCCUGAAGAAUCGACCGAAAGUUCACCUUCAAAAUCAAGCGAAGAGACAGAACCAUCAUCCGUUGUGGAAGAAGCGACCGAAAAACCGGUCCCAAAAACGGUAGACGAACCACCGGCAGUGGUGGAAGAGAUACCGCCAGUGGUGGAAAAACCGAAACCACCAGAACAUCCUAAAGAGCGACCGAAGUUGCGCCGUUCGAUGGAAUCUAAAAUGGAAAGUGUGGAGGAGGAUACAAAAAUGGUGGCACCGGUCGAACCGACAAAAGAGGGAAAGGAUGCGGCUGUGCCGGAGCUGUUAGAUCAGGAGAAGGUAGAUCAAACGAGAGGCUUUUUCGUCAGUCUCGACGGUACCGAGGAUGAUGAGAAGAAGAAGAAGAAAAUCAAGAAGAAACCUCGCCUGAAGGAAGAAGAACAGCAGGAGCAGCAAAGCAGCAAGGAUCAGGAUUCGGGGUUCGAACCGAGCCCGCAGGCAAUACGUAGCAAACCGUCCAUUUUCGAGCGUCCGACACACACGGCUACCCUACCGCGAAGGUCAGCCUUCACGAUGGUGGAAGAGCGAGCGGUCAGUUCGCGGCCCGAAGGUCGGAAGCCGGGCGACAAGAAUGCAGUCAACAUGACGACCGUCCAGCAGUCGAUCCAUCGCAAUAUCCGAAGAUAAAAGUAAAAAUGAAAUCAAGAAGUGUUUUGUGUCGGAGAGAGUGUAACACAUUAAAAACAUUCAAAAAAAAAAAUGAAAUAGAGUACCAGAACACAAAAAACCCGAACACAGAUACAGAUAACAAUACUCUAAAACAUCCGGCAGGCAUUACUGUGCUUCUGUAAAGUUGUUCACUUUUCAUGCUCGUAAGUGCAUUGAAUGUGGAAGAGCUGCAAGAAACGAAGCAAUGAGAAGCAUCGAACGCAGUCAUCCAUACGAAGAGCAGGAAACAUCAAACUAAUGUGGGGAUUGUCAUCAAAUACCCGACUUUUUCCAACAAGAAUUAAUAAAUAUUUGAAAAUCCCCUUUACCCCUGAAAGCUUCACGUCCGAGUGAUUGUAGUGGUUUAAAUAUUCCAGUUUUGUAGCUUAAAACAACCCCAAAAGACAUAGUAUUAGUGUCUGUAGUCAGCAACAGUUUGUGUAGUUGUAAUUGAUCCGUAUUCAAGUGAUAGCAAUGACCACCGAUUCUUCUACUGUGUCGUUAAUAGCUAGCUGUAAGUGUUGACAGGAGUGAUUGCGCCAUGUUUGUUAGACAACUUCCCUUGUAGGUAAUUAGUGUGCAAUACUGAACUAGGUGUUUUUCUAGUGCUAGUGCGUGUUUUUGUGAGUGUGUUUCGAAACGUGUUUUGUUGUGUGAAAUUUUUCGC